AUGCCUCCUCCCUCCAAAACGCAAGCCGGGUCUUCACCUCCCAACCCCCCGCGCUUCCUCUACUCGGCCUCCCGCUUCCUCACCAUCCCCGUCAACACGCACACGCCCGAGAUAUGCCUGAUCGGGCGGUCCAACGUGGGCAAGUCGACGCUGAUCAACGCGCUGUCGGGCGCCGACGCCGAGACCGCGCGCAAGGCCCACGGCCUGCGCGCCCGCGGCGCCGGGCUCGCCAUCACCAGCCGCACCGCCGGCAGCACCAAGAGCCUCAAUGCGUAUGGUUUUGGGCCGCCCACCAAACAGCAGCGGCUGGCGGCGCUGCAGGCCGCAAAGGAGGCCAAGGACGCGGAGGACGCGGUCGCAAGUAGGGGGGUGCGGAGAGCGGCGAGGGAGAAGAGGGAGCCGCCGCCGCAGUAUCGGCUGAUUAUGGUGGAUAUGCCGGGGUAUGGCCUGGGAUCGGAGGCCGCGUGGGGGAGGGAGAUUGAGAAGUAUCUUGCCCGGCGGAAGAUGCUGCGCGGGGCGGUGCUGCUGAUUGAUGCGGUGGCGGGCAUCAAGGACGCCGACCUGAUGGUGCUGGAGACGCUGCGGGACGCCGAGGUCAGGACGGCCGUCGUGCUGACCAAGGUUGAUAAGCUGUUGCGCGAGGACCAGCCGGAGCAGCGAAGCCGUGUUGAGGAGGUGUGCUUGAGCGUGUGGGAGGAGUUGAGGAAGGUGGAGAGCGGGGGCAUGACGUGGCUGGAGGGGGCCGAGAAGGGGUGGCAGAAUGAGGUGUGGGUGACGUCCGCGGGCGAUGCGGACACGGAUGGGAACGGUGUGGAUCAUGGGAGCGAGGUGGGCGAUCUGUCAGAUGGCUGGGCUGGUGGAAGAUAA